UGAGAGGUUAUGUUUAUAUAUUUUUGUGGUAUUUGUUUUGUAUGGUUUUGUCCUAAGCCUAAAAGAUCUUAAGAUCUUUUCUGUUUGAUCAAUCCUUGAUUUGGCGCCUUGUUUUGUGUUUUGGCGGUUUUAAUGUCCAUAAAGCACAUACUUUCUCCUUUUCUCCGUCUGUUUGGCGGUUGUAUUUCAACAGCAAGCAUACAUACAUACAAAAUUUCAUUUUUAUAUUUAUAUUUCAAUCCUUUGAAAAAAUCUGUUCGUUAGAACACAUUAAUUAAUUAACCAAGACUUUGUUUUAGCAUUUGUUUUAGCAAGAAAUAAUGGAUUCUAUCUACCAAUCUACUACUUCAAGGAGCCUUCAAUCGACUUCAACAAGUUCUGAAUUUGUCUCAGGAGCCUGCCACCUCUGCAGCAAAAUAUUUAAAAAUGUAAAAUUACGAAAUCGUCAUAUCAAAAGAAUACAUAAAAUAGAUGUAUCAAUUAAGAAAAUUGAUCAUAUUGUUUGUCCGUUAUGUGAGCAAGAAACUAGUUUACAAACCCAUGAGAACUUAAGAAAACAUAUUAAGGAGAAUCACCAGGUGAGUAUUGAACUAAUAACUUUGGAAUUUUCUAGCAAACAAGAAUAUGAGACAUGGAAAGAUAUGCAGAAAAUUGAGACCAGUUAUGCAACAUCUCGAACAGUUAAUGCAAAGGAACACAAGAUCUUAUACUAUGAGUGUAACAGAAGUGACACAUAUGGAUAUAAGCCCCACUCUAAAAUUAGGACAGAGAAAUCUGGUGGAUCAAUUAGAAUUAAAGGGGUGUGUCCCUCCAGACUAAUUUGUAAACUGACAAAUCAAGGACAAGUUUCGGUCAGUUAUUGGAAAACACAUGCUGGACAUAAAGAAGAAUUAAGAGCCAUACAUCUGUCAAAAGCAGAAGAAAAAACGAUUGAAGAAAAAUUAAUGGCUGGGGUGCCACCCAGUAGAAUUUUACAAGAUUCAAGAAAAUUGGAAAAACCACAACUAGAUAGACUUGCCCUAUUAACAAGUCAAGAUCUCGCAAAUUUAUCCAAGAAGUAUAAUGUACACAAGAAACGAGAUCAAAAUGAUAUGGUAGCAACAACCUUAAAGGUUCAGGAAUGGAAUGCUAACAACAAGAAUUAUGCUUUCUUAUUUAAGAAAGAAGGAGAAGAACAUGAUGUGCUGAGAAAGGAAGAUUUUGCUAUAGGAUUCAUGAACAAGAUAAUGGAAGAUAAAUUACGAAAAUUCCCGAAGAUAAUUUGUAUGGACGGCACACAUGGAACCAACAAGAGACGGAUGGACUUGACGAUAAUGCUGGUGAAGGAUGAUAGGAAUGCAGGAUUUCCGGUUGCAUUCCUGCUGUCCAACAGAUUGGACCAACAGGUUCAAGAAGUUUUUUUAGAUGCUCUCAAGAAUAAGAUGAAGACUGAAAUUCAAGCAGAACAUUUCAUGAGUGAUGAUGAAAACAAGUAUUAUAAUGCAUGGGUGAAGAUAAUGGGAAAUGAACCAAAUAGGCUUUUGUGCACAUGGCACGUCGUCAAGAAUUGGAACAUUCAAGGGAAGAAGAAAUUUCACGACCCAACUUUAAAGAAAGAAAUGAAAACUGAAUUAAGACAGAUUAUAACAGAAACGGAUGUAGAUACAUUUAAUGAAUUAUGCAGAAACUAUUUAAUAAAACUACAAAAUGCAAAUGAGACAGAGUUUUUCGAUUAUCUGAGAGAGUAUUACUUAAAGGAUCUAAAGAGAAUAAAAAUGUGGGCCCAUUGUUACAGAAGAAAUUCCGGAAUUAACACCAACAUGGCAAUAGAAUCAUUGAACAACCUACUGAAGACAAACUACCUAAAGAGGAAUGGAAGAGUGGGAAUCGAGAAGUUAUUGGAUACGAUUGAUGAGCUAGUGGAGACAAAAAUGUGGAAGAGAAUUGUGGACAUGAAACGACCAAAUGCGAAUAAUUAUCAGGAUAGGACUAUAAUGAAAUCACACAGAGGGGCAGAACGGAACAAAAAGAAAAUGAAGGUUACUAAGAAUGUGGCAGUAUAUGGUCAAUAUCAGGUAACAUCCCUUAAGGAUCCUAGUCUAUUACAAAAUGUAACUUUAAGUCAAGUGUGUGAAAGUGAGUGUAAGCUGUUGUUUUGUAGAGUUUGUAAAAUUUGUAUGCACCGUUAUCAGUGUGACUGUACAGUAUAUGAGGUGAAGAAUACCUUGUGUCAGCAUGUGCACUUGGUAAGAAUGUAUGAGGAGAGUGUGGGUACUAACUCUGUUUUAGAUGAUGCUGCAAGGUGUUUGGGAGAAAGUUCAAUUAUCAAAUCAAACCAUGAGGAGGAAAUUAAUGAAUUUAUCAGAGAGAAACUAGAACAGACAAAUGAGACCCAGGAAAAAACCAAAGGAAGUCUUGAAUUACAAAAUGAAAUAGAAAAUGAAAUGGAAGCCUUAAAAAAUGAAAUGGAAGCCUUAAAAAAUGAAAUGGAAGAUUUAGAUGACACAAGUUUAACAAAAUUACGUGACGAAUUAAGACGAAUUAGGAGAACCAUGCAAGUAACAAAGCUCAAGGCGAAGGAAAACUGUCAAGAAAACGCGAAGAACAUUAUGACAAAGCGAAAAAUGGAGAAGCAGGAGUACUUUCCUUCCAAGAAAAAAAAAAUAACUGAUAAACAUUAAAUUUGAUUAACAAAUUUUUGUAGCUAACAUGUAUUUUUUGUUUUAUAACUGUAUCGAAUUUUAUUAUACACAGUUUUAUAUAAAGCCCUUUUAAUGAAUGCUGUUAUUUGUAGCCUUUUGUAUUAGUGUUAUAUGUAUUUUUAAAUCUGGAUGUACUGGGUCCUAGGCGAGGUUUAGAGGGGUUUUACCUAUGCCAUUGCAUCAAUAAGGCCCCCCUCCUUCCAGAUUUUUAAUAAAAAAUGAAAAAAUUUAAACAGCUA